AUGGAAAAAGAGAACAAAGUCAUGGCAACAGACUUAUCAGACAAUCCUGUGAAGGGAAUAUUUUCUCAGAUACGUAAAUACGUGGUAGAACCUCAAAGAUUUACACCCCAAAGCUUAGUAAGGGACAUAAACUCAAGUAAGUUAAGUUCUACAGAUUACAGGAAAGUGAUGACCUAUCUGAACGGACAACGGGUUGCCCAGGACAAUCCGACUUUAGUGUCUCUUAUAAGAAAUUAUUACAUAGAGAUGCCAUCUUCAGACCCAUAUCAACUGGAUAACCCAGAUGUUGUAGAGUUCUCGAAAGGUCAGACACCAGUGGUGGACAGCCGACUUAAUUACAUGGAAGGAGGGUUUUAUGUUGAAUGCGGAGCACUGAAUGGUGAGAAAGGUUCCAACAGCCUGUUUUUCGAAAGAGUAAGAAAGUGGAACGGAUUACUGAUUGAGGCAGAUCCUACUAAUUAUAAAGCAUUGAAAAGUAAACACAGAAAAGCUUUUACACUGAAUGCCUGUCUCUAUCCUAAACCCUACCCAGCUGAGGUUAUGUUCAACAAAGCAUACAACAUGGGGAGGGCAAUUCAUGAUGACUUUGUCCGGAAAUGGCUGUCCAAUCGAGGGAUAAAACUUGAUCCCGUUCAAGUCCAGUGCUUUCCACUGUAUUCAAUUCUGCUUGCCCUCAACCAAACUACCAUUGAUUUCUUCAGCCUUGAUGUAGAAGGAGAUGAAGUUGACAUACUCAAAACUAUUCCUUUUGAUAAAGUUCAUAUAAAAAUGCUGACUGUUGAGUAUUCACAUGGCUCAGGAGGGAAGUUUGAACUGCAAUAUUACAUGGAAUCACAAGGGUAUGACACUCUAGUCUCAAUGGAGAGAGACGACGGUGGAGUGAAAGAUCUGAUCUUCAAAAGGAAAGGUUUACUGUAA